CCGCCACGCACCACUCCCCGCCUGAACACACUAUUUAAGGCCAGCACACGAGAGCUGGCUGUGAGUCACAGCUCCGGGAGGGCAGCAGCAGCUCCACGUCCCCCAGCAGCCAGCACACCGAGGGAAGGGACCCUUCCCCUCACCAUGGCUUCCCUGGGGCAGAUCAUCUUCUGGAGAGUCUCAACGCAAAGAUACCACAUAGAGAGUGUUAUUAGCAUCAUCAUUAUUUUGGCUGGAGCCAUUGCCCUUAUCAUCGGUUUUGGUAUUUCAGGGAGACACUCCAUUACAGUCACUACUCUGACCUCAGCAGGAAACAUCGGGGAGGAUGGAAUCCUGAGUUGCACUUUUGAACCUGACAUCAAACUUUCUGAUAUUGUGAUACAGUGGCUGAAGGAAGGUGUUAUAGGCUUGGUACAUGAGUUCAAAGAAGGCAAAGAUGACCUGUCAGACCAAGAUGAAAUGUUCAGAGGCCGGACAGCAGUGUUUGCUGAUCAAGUGAUAGGUGGCAAUGCCUCUCUGAGGCUGAAGAACGUGCAACUCACAGAUGCUGGCACCUACCAAUGUUACAUCAUCACCUCCAAAGGCAAGGGGAAUGCUAAUCUUGAGUAUAGAACUGGAGCCUUCAGCAUCCCAGAGGUGAAUGUGGACUAUAAUGCCAGCUCAGAGAGCUUACGGUGUGAGGCUCCCCGAUGGUUCCCCCAGCCUACAGUGGUCUGGGCAUCCCAAGUUGACCAGGGAGCCAACUUCUCAGGGGUCUCCAAUACCAGCUUUGAGUUGAACCCUGAGAAUGUGACCAUGAAGGUUGUGUCUGUACUCUACAAUGUCACAAUCAACAACACAUACUCCUGUAUGAUUGAGAACAACAUUGCCAAAGCCACAGGGGAUAUCAAAGUGACAGACUCUGAGAUUAAAAGGCGGAGUCACCUACAGCUGCUGAACUCAAAGGCGUCCCUGGGUGUCUCUUCUUUCUUUGCCAUCAGCUGGGUACUCCUGCCUCUCUCCCCUUACCUGAUGCUAAAAUAAUGUCCUCUGGCCACACAGAAACAUGCAAAGUCAUUGGUAUGACAGAAUCCCAGGAAUCUGCAGAACUAUUUCACAGUAAGAUAUGGCCUAGUUUUGUAUUUCUGGGGGGAAAUGAAUUCAUGUCUAGAGGUUUGGAAUGAACAAAUAAGAUCAAGAAGCAAAAAAAAAAAAAAAAAAGUCAAAAGCAACCCACAGAAGACUCCAAUAUGAACCAGAUAAAUCUCUCUUCAAAGACAUAUAUUAAAAGCUGGGAACAUAAUUCAUCUGAACUGGAUAUGUGUUAGGACUAAGUCAAUUGCAAGUGGAGACAAGUGGAUCUCUGUAUCUCAGGGACCUCCCCUUACUAACCAGCACCCCUCGCCAGCAACAUCCAGGGAUUGAGAGGAUGGGAUAUUGCCUCUGACUUGUCUCUGAAUCUUUAUAUUGCUAUAAUGUUGCUCUAAGUUCCCAGAAAGUUUUGACUUGCAAUACCUCCACAUUUUAUAAUCCAUAAAUUAAACCUCAGUAGAUAUAGUAAGAAGCUGCUAAUUAGUUGCCACAUCACAAUUCAGAGGUAGUGAUGGGUCAAAUAACUCACCUUUCCUUAGGAUGCUGCCAAAAGUACCUUGGAAUCUCCUCCCACUUGACAAAUGCUAAAGAAAUGUGGGCACGGUCAUAAUUGUAACUUAAAACAUGUAGUUGGGACACCCUGGUUUUCCAAAUUAUCCAAGCAUCUUCUUUUUAAACAAACAAAUGCCAUUUGAUUUCUCAGAUGACGUGCAUCCUUGAAUGGUCUAGGAAAGGACCUCUCGUCAUCGCUGUAUACGGCAUUAUGUCAACAUGAAGUGUCAGGCUCCGACUUGCUAUCUUGCAUGGACAGCGAUAACCUCAGCUUUCAACAACAUCUAGAGCAGUAGGACUCACCCAGUGUGAUUUUUCACACUCCUCCCCACACACAGCGGACAUCUGAAAAUGUUUGGAGACAAUUUUAAUUGGCACAACUCAGGGGAGAGGGGAGGGUGCUAAUGUUAUGGAUAGAACCCAGAGAUGCUGUUCAAAAUCCUACCAUGUACAGCAUUAUCCACCCACAACAAAGAAUUACCCAGCCCCAAAUGUCAGUUCUCCAAAAGGAUCUAGAAAAAAGGGAACUAACAAAACCGGUUUGCUUCCUACAGAUAGGCACUAUCCUCUGCCUCUUUGGCUGUUGUCUCAGCACAGAGAGCCAGAGCUCAGGCAGCCAGGAAUUCCUGAUGUGGUCAUCUCUAGCAGGUUCCUUUCCCUUCAUUCUAAGGUACAAAUUAGGUUCUGUGAGAGCUGCCUGAGUUCUAUCUCAAUGUCUCUCGCUCCGAAUUCUGAUCUCAGGACCCUACUAGUCACAAUUCCAAUGAAGGUAACAAAAACAUGUCCCCUCCUUGAAACACACAGAGACUUCUGAAAGUAGGGGCAGUGGGCCUUUGAAAUGUCCGGGGAAUAAAGCUUUGAUCGAAAAGAAUGUGUUGUUCACACCCCUCCCCCUUUCCAUACUUUUCACAUUUUGAGGUCUGCCUCCCUGGCACUUUGGACCCACCAUGACUGUAUUACAUUUUGUUAUAGAAAACUUAAGAUUUUUGAGUUCUGACCAUUCAAGAGAAUGAUUAAAUGCACAUUUCCUAUACUGUUGUCUGCCUGGUU